AUGAGGGGCCGUAAGAACGUCACGCCCUCCAACACAAGCUCUGCCAAUAGAGCGCUCCUCCUACAUCGCCGCCUCCAAGCCACAACCGACACCAACGACCACAACCGCCUUCUCACUGGCCCCAGUGACGUCAUCGGCGCCAGCAGCAGUACGGAAGACAUCUCCACGUCCCGUACCGCCGUCGGUACUGCCGCCGCCACCGCCGAUGCCGCCGAUGCGGUCCUCGGCGGCAGACGCGGCAAGGAUAUAUCCCGAAGACGCUCUCUGCUCCAAACAAACUCCUCCUCUCCCUCCUCGUCGUCGUCGACAUCGACGACGAUGACGGGCGCCGCGUCGCUGGUUGUGGACCUUGGGCUGCCGCGGGCCGUGGAGGUAGCUGUACUGGUUAUGGAGUCAUCAUUGUCGUACAGCGGCUCCACACUGGAGCUGAGUGGCGUGGUGAUCUCUGUGUCCAACACAUCCUCCGGCACGCCCGGGUCGUACUGCGUGUACGACGUCACCAUUCCCCUCAGCCAAUCUCGCCACGUGUACGGCUGCGGUGGCGCGUACGGGCAGUACAUCGUGGCCAGCCGUACGGUGUCGUACGCGCUGCCCAAUGGGACCAGCCUGGAGGUCUACCUCACCGAUCCAGGCACUGAGCUGCUGGUUAGCGCACAUCGCACCACCAGCCAGGCUGGCGGCGUCACCACCGGCGCCGGAGGCAGCGGCAACGCCGUCAACGGCUACUACAGCCAGGCGGCACUUGACGCCGCCGCAGCCCCUGCUGCUGCUGCUGCUGGGGCCGGAGUCGUCUCCGGGCUGUUCUUCGGCAGCGCCACUGCGGUGUCACCUUCCCCUUGGUGGGCGGUAGACCUCGGGUCGGCACUGCCGCUGGCUUUCCUCGAGGUGACGGCGCACCCGGCUCCCACAGACGACCUGGGGCUGCUGGAUUUCGAGAUCGCGCUGACCAACUACAGCGUCGUGACCGGUACCGAGGGGAUUGCCGUACUGUCCGGACUCAGCUUACCUGCCGGCGGCACGGGGCGCUAUCCGCUUGGCGGCGCGGCGGCACGCCAGCUCGUCCUCCGCCAGCCCGGUGCCGUACGGUCACUGCAGCUGGCCCAGGUUGACGUUAUCGCUGACCGCACCACAGCCACCGCCGGCGCCAACGUGCUCAUAGGGCCCAAGCCCCUGUCGUACCCGUUGGUGUACGACAUGGCUCGUACAAGUGGCUCGUACAUUGACCCCGCUGUUAGCGUCGGGAACGCGACGAGCAGCGGCGAGCUUGCACCGCUGGCGGCGGAUGGGUACGACAGUACGUUGGCGGCGAGCUGCGCACGGGCGGUGCCCGCAACGAGCAGCCAGUUGCCGUGGCUGCUUGUGGAUUUGGGAUCCAGCAUGCGCGUGGAUCGCGUGGAUUUCCUCAAGGCGGCGGAUCCGUCUUUGGCCGCUGAGCUGGAGGGCGUCGAUGUCCUGUUGGGGAACAACACGGUCGCGUUGGCCAACCCCGUGGUGCUCUCCAAGCUGAGUCUACCCCAGCCUGGCGCCUGGAGCACCUUCCUGCUGUCCCCCCCUGCCAGCGGGAGGUACCUGGUGGUGCGGGGGCCGCAGCGGGGGGCGACCAUGACGCUGUGUGAGCUGCAGGCCUACGGGGAGAGCGCCUUCGAGAUGGAGCUGGCGCCGGCACCCAGCCCGCCGCAGCCGCCCUCGCCGCCCUCCCCGCCUCCAAGCUCCGAGCCGCCGCCAAGAAGCCGCGUGUGGCCGGACAGCAAAGUUUCAACGAACCCAACCGCCGUAACCGCCGUAACCGCUACAGUUGUUGGUGUGAGUGUUGGUACGACGGUGACCGCCAUGAUGGUGUCGUCGGCCGCAGCGACGGGGUCGGCUGCGGCUGCAGUAGCGAGUAGCGGCACCGCCACCGCAACCACUGUGCCGUCCACCACUGCCACUGAUGCCAUAUGUGUAUUGCGGCUCAACCUCGAGUUCAAUACGCUUUGGUAUCUGGAUCACCUUUCCGAGGAGGAGCAGAGGGCCUUAUCUCAAGCUCUCAAUAUCGCCAUCGCGUACGUGGGCGCGCUGGUGCUGCACUACCUGGUAGUCAUGCUGUUCUCAGCGCUGCGCUGGGUGAUCACGCUGAACCGGCGUGGAGCAGCUGCGGCGGCAAAGGGAGCAACGGCGGAGGGAAAGAGUGGAGACGCGGCGGCGGUGGCGGCUCCGCUGCCGCCGAUCCUGCCAAGCUUCCUUGUCUUUCCUUUCGUCGAGAUCUUCGUCAUUAUCUUUUUCAUCACCUCUGCUGCCACCGCCGCCGGCACGCUCCUGUCGUACGGCAUCACGGCGCAUCGCGCUGUCUCCAUCGCGGUCGGCAUCGUGAUUCUGGUGCUGCUGGUCAUCUUUACCGCUGCCGUGCUGUGGCUAUUGUGGAGGCUGUACGCCGCCGCCGACCGCUUGGGACUGUCGUACGUUUGGACGCGCAAGCCGCCGCCUGCGGAUGGCAGCGGGGGUCGGCUGGCGCACUGGCUGCGUCUUGCCGAGCGGGGGUACUGGGAGCGGCCCGAGGGGGUGGAUGUGUGGCUCAUGGAGCCGCACCGCACCCAGUACUACUUGCGACAGGGCUUCAGCCUGCCGCAGGCGCUGAGAGCGGCCGACCCCAACCACCACAUCGACCACACGGAUGCGGGACUGGAAGGGCAGGAGGGGCAGGAAGGGCAAGAGGGGCAGAAGGGGCAGGAGGGUGAGAAGCACGGCGCAGUGGCGGAGACAGUGAUGGCAGCGGCAGCGGCGCCGGGCAUUCAAAGGGCAAACCGCAGUAGCAGCGGCUCCGGCGGCGUGUGCGGCAGUAGCACCACUUCACAGGUGCAGCCGGGAGGGGAUGUGCGUGAGGGAGGGAAAGAAAAGGACGGACCGCUGGGCGGCGGCGGAGUAGCGACAGCAGCGGAAGCGCUGGCAGGAGGACGGCAGACGCUGCAGUCGUCUUUCCGGAUGAAGCCGACGGCAGAGCGUUGUGCCAGCUUCACAACGGCUUCCGAUGCCGGAGGCGGCGGCGGCGGUACGGCCGUCACUGGCAGCAGGCCAGGAUCAGCGGCGCGCACAUCAGCCGCGGCGGCACCGGUCGCCGAGUCAGCAGCGGAUAACACCACCAGAGCGGCGGCAGGAGGCAGUGGCACCGCCGCCGUCGGCGACGGCGGCUCUGCGCGCCCCCUCUUGCCAGUGGCACCGCUGCCGUCGCCGCCAGCUGCACACAGUACCUCCGCCAGUGCUGCGGCUCCACGCCGUACCGAGGCGUUAAUCGUCUUCAAAGAACCUUCGGAUUCGGAUUCGGACUGCAUUCUAGACCCAUCGACAGGAGGCGGCCUCCACACCGCGCCUCCCCUUCCGCCGCCGCCACCGCCGCCACCAGCACCACCACUGCCGCCGCCGCCGGCCCCCAGGCCCAUGCUACUGCCGCCCUUAGACCCCCACAACCGUGACUCGCUGGGCAACGGCCCGGAUGCCGGCGGUGACAGCGACGGCGGCGGCGGCGGCGCCACGGGGGCCGCCGUCAUCACGGUAGCAGCCCCGGUUUCGGAGCAGCCCCGGAGCGCCGCGGUGCUGCUGGCCGCCCAACCACCCACUUCCCUCGCUGCUGGCGGCGCAUCGCCGUCAACCUCACAACCAGCACCUAACGAAGCAGUAGCAGUAGCAGCGGCGCCGCCACUGGCAGAAGCAGCAGCAGCAGUAGCAGUCUCAGGAGCAGCAGCAGCGGACGCAGCAAUAAGUACGGCAUCAAGGCUUCCCCGUGUGACUUCAGCAUCAGAGCCAGAGCCGGUGUCGGAGGCCAUGCUGCACUGUUGCAAGGAGGGUCAAGCUGCGGCAGCGGCGGUGCCGCAAGCGGCCAUCGAGCCGUCGCUUGCACGACAAAUGGAACUGUACGAGCGAUACGGCCAGUUGUUUGAGGAUAUGCGAGGGCACCGCUUCAGUGCUGCCACGUUCCAGGCGGCGGUGAUUUGCAACUCCGUGCUGCCGGCAGUACUGCUGGGAGUGCUGGACGGCGCCCAGAUGGAGCCGCACAGCUCGGCGGCCCGGGGUACGACUGUGGCGCUGCUAGUGUGUAAGGCCCUCUUCGCAAUCUACAUGGCGUUGAUAUUGCCGUACAACAACAUAGUCGUAAUGAGCGUGGAGCUACUUUGCGCCUUGCUGGAAAUCGCUGUGUGCGCCUGCCUGGUGGGGCUGCAAUGGACCCAUGGGUCGGAAUCGGUUCUCAAUGACGCCAUGCUGUGCUGCGAGGUAACGGUGUUCGGUCUGCAGUCAUCACCGUCAUCACAGUCAUCACAGUCCGCACAAUCGCCAAAAUAA